AUGAGCCUGGAAGAGUUCGAUAAUACACAUUUACACAAUGUUUUCUUGGACAAUAUAGCACAUUACUGUUUUAGAGUGGCUUCAGCGCAUUUUGGGAUCACACCAGAUGCACACGAAUUUGACAAGUUCAAAGAAAUCAACGAGCUCGAAAUCGCGAAUUUCGUGGCCGAGGAUAACACAAAAGGGUUGGCUUUAUUUCUUGACACAGAUGAGACCAUUUUGGCAGGGUUAGAGCCACCAAAACCCCCAGAAAAGGGCUCGAACGAUGCCAAAAUGAUGGUAAUUAUGAUCAAGAGCUCACCUAAACUGGACGAUGAUAGAGCAGUAGAAACACAGCUUUUUGCAAUUAGCUCUUUGCAUGCAAUGACAUCAGCGGCAUUUAGUCGUUUGAUGACCGCAGGCGCUUCUUUCAUCAUGGAUUAUACGGCCUCUUCGAGCGAAUCCACGGAAUUGGAUGGUAUUACGUUGCACAACAUACGCUCUAAAAUGGCUGCGUUCUCGGAACUGGCUGAGAGCGGAAAAUCCAAGGUUGUACUCCCCGAUUUGCUCUCAACAGUGCACCCCUUGGUGAACCGAAUAGUAACGGAGGGCGCCACAUCAAAUAACUACCAACAAUUCUUGGAUGAGCAGUUCAAGGACACUUCAACGCUGAAUAUUCUGCAAAACAUAGUGAUGGGCUGGACUCAGUCAUUGCGGUGCCUUACGGAAUUGACGCGCGAGGUAAAGGCUGGAACACUGGAGGAUGAAGUGACGUUUUGGGAUAGCGUUGAAAAAGCGCUGGUGUCUGUUAGUGACCAGACGCAAGAUUUAGCCGUACAGCUUACAAUUGAAGUCCUACACGAGGCCCGCAGAUUGCAGACAACGUUUGUCCAUUUGAGCCAAACGGUUGUAGCGAAACGUUUGAAGGAGAUACGAGCGUAUAAUCUGUUUCUUGGCGAGAUCCCCAUCUCGAAACUACAUGCGGUAACUUCCCUUGAUCAACUGCACCCGCUGAUCUUGGAGCUGAAUAUAUGUCUCAAAAAAUUGAAAGUCUGCGCGUAUCCCGUUUCGCGAGCUCAACCACUUUUGGAGCUUUUGACCGAGGAAUUCUUAAGCAGGUUGCAAACAGUAGCUCCCGAAUUGAGCUUAAUGGAUUUUGACUACUUCAACAUCACUGUGAGAACACUUUUGGCCUUACUCAAAGAGUGGGAUGACCUCGUUGCAGACCAGAACCUUCUUUUCAGAGAAAUUGUGCGCAGGAGAUCAGAAAAGGUAAAAAAUAUCAAGCUGGACCCACAUACAAGCGCUCUGCGAUCACGGAUCGAAGAGUUUCAGGGUGUGAGGCGUAAUUUACAAGCGUGGAAAAUUGAUCUGCUACAGACAGGUUUGACGAAAUACGCAACCCUAGUCAAUGAGGCUUAUGAAGCGUUCUCCUCUAUUAGUAGCUUGGUUUGUUCCAAUGAUACAUGGACUGCCGCCAUGGAUGUAUAUAAAGCGCAUUCCGUCUCUUUUGAAGCAAAAAUUGCUGGUAUAUUGAGAUUUAAGCUCAACUGCUGUCAAGAAGCUACGGAGAUGUUUGCCGUCUGGGAGUCUUUUCAACCACUUCUUUCACGAGCAAGGCUGCGAGCAAAUCUACAGGAUUACCACCAAGUUCUGUUUGAUUCUAUACUACUGGACGUCGCAAAACUCAGGAAUCGAUUCUCCAAUCAGCUCCCGGACAACCAGGUAUCUCAGUUAAUGGAUAUACCUGGAUCUUCUUCUCGAGUGAUGCAGAAUAAAAAUAUUGAACGGAGAAUCAAAAGCUUGAUGAAGAAAGCAACGUUAGUGUUCGGCGAUGAGUGGAAGAACUCUGUAGAGGGUCAACCAGUACACGAAGAGUGCAAAUCAAUGCUCGAGCUCGUUCAGAUAGAUGCGAGCGGCCAAACUUGGAUUUCAACAGCAGAUUACAGCCUUGAUUUAGGAGAUAAAACAGUGCUGGAGAUUCGAAAGGAUUCUGACCGGUUCAGUGCUCACGUCACAUCAAAUAACUCUUACAGGAACUCCUUUAAAGAGGUGAGGAACCUUAAAUGGUUGAAAUUCAAUAUACCCAGAUCAGUUGAAAAACUCUCACAGUCGGUCAGAAGAGCCUACCCACAGGCUAUCCAGCUGUCAGAGCAUUUAGACACGUUUCUCAUUGUCGUAAACAGAGUAGGGAAGAGCUCUUUCCUGAAAGCUCUUUUUAAUGAACAAAUCGAUCAAGCCUUCACUCUGUUUGGUCAGUGCAUGGACGUCAAAUGGGAGUCGUUACAUUCGGUCAAUGUGGUUUCAUCAUCGAGAAGUUCCCAUGACCUCCCAACUAAAAGCCGGACUAUUUUAUCCAAAUUCAGAAAUCUCAGCGCUUCAAUGAUUACAGCUUAUAGCGCCGCGGAAAUUCCAGAUGAACUGCUCAGGGCUGCGGUCAACUCAAUUUCUGAUGGCCCGUUUCUCGAGGAUCAAUUGAAAGUUAAAAUUGAGGUCAUAAUUCGUUUGAGUGAGAGGUUCACGACUUUAACCAACUUUGGCGUACGGGCUUUUGUAAAUUAUCUUGGCUUAAAAGUCGCUAAGGAACUAGCUUUGGUUCUAGAAGAGGCACUCAAAACCGAUAAACUUCCCAAACAAGUUUAUAGUGUUAGAGUCAACAGCGGGAAAAUUACAAUUUCGUCCCAACUAGAAACCGUUAAGGCUAAGUGGAUCAACUACACCCAAAUGAUACUUGACAUUGCAUUGCAAUCAUUAGAAACAUAUCAAGAUUUACAGAAAAAGAACGGCAUAAACCCCGGACACAAUCUUCUGGGUUAUUUCAAAAGAAGAGCUUCUUUUAUAGUCGGGAAAAGCUUAAGAGAACAAGACUCCAUACUGUACAAUGCUUUGGAAAAUCUUAAAAGAUGGAAUAAAUAUGAAGCACUAUGGAACCUGGCUGAUGUUAAUAUUUUGGAAGAGUCAGCUCUCGACUUAGAGGCCGUUGCCUCAGUGUACGAUGGACUUCUCACUGACCUAAAUGAAGUUCAGGUCAUGAACACACACGUGGAAGUAACACAAGCCUUUACAGUCAAUCUGAAAGAAGUGAAAUUCGCGGUCCAGACUUCUUUAAGAGAGUGGCAAGCGCGAUUGUUGAAGGUUUUGGAAAAGCUGUACGUCGCCGAAUCGAAAAGUUUUCAUAAUAUUUUGAGUAUGAGCCGGGCCCUUUUGGAGCAAGAGAUUGGUCCACUCAUGAUGUCUUCACUUAGCGAAUACUGUGAACUUCUCUCUGAAAUUUCCAAGCUCGACCAAAGAUGGGAUGCAAUUGAGACGCGCUUCUCGACAAUUCAAUCAGUCUCUGAGGUUGCGAGAGGAGACAAGGGCUUCUCAAGAGUCGGCGCCAUCUCAUUAGAUCAACUUGAACUUGAUGUCAUAUCUCUGAGCCAAGUGUUGAGAAAAAGAAUUGCCUGGCUUGACCAGAUCAAACCAAGUGCUAUUUCUAGUCUCGAUCGAUGCUUUGACUCUCUUGAGUCAUCUUCUAGAUCUUUGGAGCUCGACUGGGAACAGGACAAGGCUGUCAAAGACACCUCUUCGCCAUCUGCAGCCUUAGAAGCUCUUGAUCUGAUCGGGGCCCUGAAUGAAAAGUAUUUGGUGCAGCUUUCUCAAGUAAAUGUCCUUUACUCAAUCUUAUCCCUUCCUAAGCGGCCUAUCAAUUUUUUGUCGUGCGCAUCAAAAGACAUCGCGGAUCAAAAACAGGCCUGGGCCGCGAUUCGCUCCGAUUGGUCUACUCUUCAGCUCUUGCUUCAGACUAAUUGGAAUGACGUUAAAAUUUCAGACGUCAAAGCUCGCAUCGAGAGUUUUUUAUCACAGCCAUAUGGCGGUCAACGAAAUGUUCGAAAAAAUGCUGUCUUAAACUCUUUUCUAACGCAAGUUCACUCCAUUAAUCACGCCUACAAAAGAUUACAAGAAAUCAAAGAGUGUCAGUUGAAAGCUCGCCACUGGUCUUCAUUACUGCGCGAUCGUGACAACAGUGAUGACUCUGACAAAAUAAUCGAUGCUGAGUCCUUAACACUUAAUGACGUGUUGCAACUUGUAAGUAGUUGCGGAAUUCUUGAACAAGUUUUACACGAAGCUCGCUCUGAAGCUGUGCUAGAGAGUUCUUUGGAGACGAUCGAAUCACACUGGAAAAAUACGAAGUUCAAACGCUACCAGCACCUCGCGGGACUAAUGCUAGUGAAGGAAUGGAAGGUACUGUUUGAACUUGUGGAGGAUGAUCUUGAUACCUUGCGGUCGAUGAAGAGCUCUGCUCACUAUAAACAUUUCGAUGAUCUUUGCCAAAAUUGGGGAAGGAAACUCAACAGCUUGGCGUCAAUUUUCAAAGAUUGGGCGGAGGCGCAAAGACUGUGGUUAUAUCUACAAGCCGCCUUAUCGACUAGACAAGAUUCCAUUCUUCGAUCAGAAUGGUCAAAGUUUGAGGUUCUGAGCUCAGAUUUUGCAUUUCUUGUCUCGCGAGUUUUCGAAUCGAACGUGGCAUCCGAUGUACUCAUUGUGAAGGAUUUUCAUAAACUCUUGCGAUCUAUUCUAGAGUCCUUGAAAAGAAUUAUGAACUCUCUCAAUAAUUACUUGGAUAUCCAGAGGGAGCAUUUUCCUAGAUUGUAUUUUCUGGGAAAUGAAGAUUUGUUGCAACUCAUGGGCGCAAGCCAAAAUUUGGAGCAAGCGUCUUUGAGUUUUAAUAAGUUGUACAUGGGCGUCUCGAGCCUAUGCUGCAAAGGGCAAGCGAUAACAGGAGUAUUGUCUCGAGAAGGAGAGCUGCUUCAUUUUGAGACGGCGUUAGAGAUCGGACAUUAUUCCGAGAUGAAGGACUGGUUGCUUGAGUUUGACAGUAGACUCAAAUCAUCAGUUCUGGAAGCGACAGAAAGCUGUCUCACUCAACUACAAGCAGGCGGGCUCAAGGUGCUCGCUCUAACAUUUGAGAAUUGCCUUUUUCAAGCCGCUUUGCUGUCGCUUCAAAUAUGGUGGACAACUGAGAUUGAGAAACAACUGAAGUAUAUGGAGUUUAAGACUAUAGGGGAAGACAUUGAUGGUGUCAUACACCACCUCACUUCCAAAGCUCAAGCAACGAAUGAUGAUCUUUGUAGGAAAAAGGCCGAGAAUCUGAUAAUUGAGUGUAUCCAUCUCAAGUCAUCUUUGACAAUCCUGAAAGAAUGUGAUCGGAUGACUGCCAGUAGUGUGUGGAAAGAUACUUUCAAGUAUUACUACUGCGCUAAAGCCCCAAUUUCUCACCGCAUGGAGAUCAAAGUCGGUAUCUCCUCAUUCUUCCAUGGUCUCGAGUAUAUUGGGGUUCCUGAGCGGUUAAUCUAUACUCCUCUUCUAUCGAACUGUUUUACUGCCAUGACGCACGCUUUGUCUCAAAAAAAAGGUUGUUCACCAUUUGGCCCUGCUGGUACUGGUAAAACGGAAACUGUCAAAGCGCUUGGUCAAAAUAUGGGCAGAAUGGUUCUUGUCUUUAAUUGUGAUGAUUCUUUCGAUUUUCAGUCAUUGGGAAGACUUCUUUUUGGAAUUGCUCAAUUGGGAGCUUGGGGUUGUUUUGAUGAGUUCAAUAGGAUGGAUGAAAGUAUCAUGAGCGCAGUGUCGUCACAAAUUGGAGAGCUACAAGACGCUCUUUUCCAGAAAGAAAAGCGCAUUUCGGUCUUGGGAAAAUCCGCUCUUCUUCAUGAAAAUGCAGGAGUUUUCAUUACAAUGAACCACGGUUAUAAGGGGCGUCAUAAUUUGCCUGAUAAUCUAAAGACUAAAUUUAGAUCUUUUUCAAUGUGUGAGCCAGAUAAUAACAUCAUAGCGAAGGUGAUCUUGCUUUCGCUCGGUUUUCGGGAGGCCAAUGAAAUGUCUAUAAAGAUCACCAGCUUCUUGAAGAUCUUACAAGAGCGAUGUUCUAAUCAGAAAUUUUAUGACUUUGGUUUAAGAGCGAUGAAGUCAAUACUCAGAAACUGUAAAACUUUAAGACACUCCAUGUUUGACACAAAUCUUGAGCAUUUACUAAACCUGAGUUUGCAUCAGUUGAUUGAACCCAGACUAGAAGAGCAAGAUCUGUUGAUUUUUCGUGACGCUCUUUCAGAAUUGUUUCCUGGAUUACAGUUGCAGCAAGCUGAUCAGGAUUUUUUCGAUUAUAUCAAAGCGGCUUGUCAUCAACAGCAACUUGCACCCACCAACGAAUUCUCCAAAAAAUGCAGACAAUUCUUCCAUAUUCAAAAAUCGCAACAUGCUACCAUUAUAAGCGGGCCUUCUGGUGCUGGCAAAUCCAGUGUGUGGAAAACAACCCUCAAUGCCAUGUACUUGAUGGAUCAAAUAGAGAACACGACUUACAUUCUAGAUCCAAAAGUAUUGAGUAAAAGCCAGCUUUACGGAUACCUAGAUCCGGUAACCUUCGAAUGGUCAGAUGGUUUGUUCAGCUCGAUUUUGAGGCAAAUUACACGGGAUGCUCUGGGAACGUUACAGAGUAAAAGAAUAUGGAUCGUUUUCGAUGGUGACCUAGAUCCUGACUACUUGGAAACUCUGAACAGCGUUUUAGACGAUAACAGGGUCUUCACCUUACCUAACGGUGAGAGAUUUAGCAUUCCUAGUAAUUUGAAUUUUAUUUUUGAGGUGGAGACGCUCGAAGCUGCAACUCCUGCUACGAUCAGCCGUUGCGCUGUUAUCAUGAUAGGUCGCGAGCUUUACGAUACGCCUGAUAUCUUACGAAAGCAGCUAUUUGAAUAUGUUGCCCGUGUCAACUUCCAAGCUUCUCUGAAUGUUGUCCGAGAAAUUGACUUCAUUGAGACCAUACUUAAAGAUUUCGGACCUUUGUUGAGCCGCUUAUAUUCAGAAAUACAGAGCCGUUCAACAAAUUGGCUUAUCAAGCUGACAAAGCUGAUCGACACUUUUGUAUCCCUGGUGGGCUCACAAGUCCUUCAGGGAAUGGAUGACUUACGCGCUGUCUCGACCCAGGCUUUUAACUGUUACUUGAAAAAGACUUCGGUCAUUUGCCUUGCAUGGGCAGUUAGCAGUGAAUGCAGCGAAUCUGACAGAGUUUUUUUGGAAGCCAUGGUCAAGGAGCUUUCACCUGAUACUACAUUUCUAAACUCUCUCGACAGCCCACUCACAGAUCUCUUCGUUUCUCCAAAAGAUUAUAAUCUUGCUUUAUUGUCAACCCAGGUUCCGCACAACUCACUUGAGUCUUACCAAGUGCUAUCUCCUGAUCUGAUAAUAACAACGUUAGACACACUCAAGCACGAACGCUUUGUCUUUGAUCUGCUCACGUCAGGAAAAUCCUUGAUUUUAUGCGGUCCUCCAGGGUCGGGGAAAACAAUGACGUUGAACAACGCUCUAAAAAAGUCGAAACGCUUCGAACUAAUUGGUCUAACCUUUUCGAGAGAAACAUCGGUUGACACAAUAUGCAAACUUCUCAAACAUCAUACGACAGUAACUGAAAAUGCGACAGAUAUGGUGAUGCGACCAAAAUCAAUGCUGAAAGAUCUCGUACUAUUUUGCGACGAAAUAAAUCUUCCUCGCACUGACCCUCAUGGAGUGCAACCUCCUAUUAUGUUUUUAAGGCAAAUUUUGGAAAAGCGCGGGUUUUGGAAUACUGAUAAAUGCAAAUGGGUUCGGUUAGAAAGAAUCUUAGUUGUUGGUGCAUGCAAUCCAGCCGAUGGCGCCGCGAGACAUGUGAUAAGCGAGAGGUUCAUGCGGCUUACGCCCGUCCUCUCUGUCCAAUACCCGGGUCCAGAUUCUUUACGUCAUAUUUAUGUGACUUUAUUCGACGCUACAUUUAAGCUGGUCCCAAAUCUUCGUGAUUAUGCAACUGAUUUUGCAGAGGCAUCUCUUGACUUAUAUCGAACAUGUUGUCAGAAGUUCUUGUCACGCGAUAAUUCUCUUUAUGUCCUUUCGCCGAGAGACUUGACCAGAUGGGUAAAGGGAAUACAUCAUAUCUUGGCGAACUCAUCUGUCCAAAAUUUGUCCGAACUUAUAGAAAUUUGGCUGUACGAAGGCUCUCGAUUAUUUGAGGAUAGGCUUGUUGAAGCUGCUAGCAAAAAAGAAUACCAAAUUGCUGCUCGUGGUGCCAUUUCCAAGUUUUUCCCCGGCCAGCAAACCCCCGACCCAGAAGUUGACAUUCUCAUUACAAACUGGUUGACGACAGAGUAUAAGAAGACUUCAAGGCGCGACAUAACGGCAUUUGUAAGAGAACGACUCAGCACAUUUGCUGAUGAAGAGCUGGAGUGCUCGCUGAUACCAACUGCCUCGUUAGUAAAUCAUAUGGUAAGAGUUGAUCGGGUUCUCAAGCAAGAGCAGGGCCAUUGUAUCAUAGCAGGUCCAGAUCGUAGUGCAAAAAGGUCACUAGUAAGGUUUGUCUCUUGGCUAAAUGGAAUGGAGGUGGUGCAGCUUGUUGUUCAUCGUAGCUUCGACAUUUCUGAUUUUGACAAAAUCCUCAAGUCACUUAUGGUCAAAUGCAGUAUUGAAAAUCGCAAGGUGGUACUUAUGGUAGACGAUUCAAGUCGACUGGAUCCUGGGUUUAUCGAAAGAAUGAAUACGCUACUGGCGAAUUCUGAUAUACCCGGGUUAUUUGAAGGGCAAGAGCGGCUUAAACUCAUUUCGGACCUAUCAACAAGGGCCGACAAAUCGGGGCUGCUUUAUGACAACAACGAUGAACUGUACGCCUGGUUCACUACGCUCAUUGCGCACAACCUUCACGUCGUUUUCACAAUCAACAGCGCUGAGUCACACAGUGCUACCAACAUAAUGAGUUCUCCGGCGCUUCUUAAUCGCUGCGUUCUCGACUUCAUGGAAGAAUGGUCUGACGAGACCUUCUCCCAAAUUGGGGACGAAAUUUUGCAAUGGAUGCCGCUUGAGCAGGACUAUCGUGGCGAGCAAUUGCAGAACCCUUUGAGUUCGAAGAGGGUCAUGAGUGACACGAUCGUAGAAUCUGCAGUCGAACUCUUCAAACACUAUCAAGGUCUCAAAAUAGAGCCCCUGAGUUAUGGAAGAUAUUUCGACCACCUUUUGAUGUUCCAGAGGAUUUAUUCGGAAAGAAGCUCAGAACUUGAGAGCUUGCAGUAUUUUAUGUCCAGCGGUUUAGAGUCCAUUAAACAAUCCGCUUUGAGUGUCAAAGAGCUGUCUGUGGAACUUUCGGAGAAAAAGAAAAUGCUCGAACAGAAGGAAAUAGAAGCUCGGCGAAGCUUGGAUAAAAUGCUUGUUACCCAAAAUGAGGCUGAAAGGAAGCAUGAAGCCUCGAUUGAAAUCAGGAAGAUCCUAGAGGUUCAAGAAAAAGAUUUGACCUCACAACGAGCCCGAAUCCAAAACGAUCUUGCUUUAGUUGAGCCGGAAAUACUGGAAGCCCAGAGAGGUGUCACCAAUAUCAAGAAACAGCACAUGACGGAAAUCAGAUCAAUGAUCAAUCCACCGAAGAACGUAAAAUUAACACUGGAAGCUGUCUGUAUUAUCUUGGGUCAUGGUUCGAAGGAAUGGAGGGACAUUCAAAACUACAUUCGAAAAGACGAAUUUAUAUCGAACAUUGUGCACUAUGACACAAGCAAAAUGAUGGACGAUUCCACUAGGUCGUACGUGGAAGACGAGUAUGUUUCCCGGCCUGGUUUUACUUACGAAACUGUCAAAUACGCCAGUCAAGCAUGUGGACCUCUUUUUCAAUGGGUCUUGGCUCAAGUAAAAUAUGCUUCCAUGCUUACAACAGUGUCGCCAUUGAAAGAGCACAUUUUAAUGGUGGAACGAGACAUUCUUCAAACGAAGGCAAGAUUACUCGCAGCCGAAGAUAUGAUUGUUGACUAUCAAAAAAUCACCGAAGAGUCUAAAAGCGAAUACAGUUCAAUGAUAAGAGACAUUGAGAUAAUCAAAAGUGAACUUAAGCAAGUACAGCAAAAAGUUUUACGUUCUCAAAAAGUGCUAAAGAGUCUAGUGGCAGAGAAUUCAAGGUGGUCAAGUAGUAUUGCCAAAUUCAACGACAAUAAAAGUCGAGUGGUAGGUGACAGCUUCCUUUCCGCCACCUAUCUUUCAUACUGCAUGAGACACGAUACACUAGUACGCCAUGCUUUCUUAUCGCAUAGCAAGAAGCUUCUUUCAAUGAAGAAGAUUCCAUAUGAUGAGAAUUACAAUUUUAGUGACCAUUGCGUCAAAUUCGAGGAAAAAUCCAAAUGGCUAGAAGAAGAUUUACCAGACGACGAACUGUGUGUGGAGAAUUUUUACGCUAUACUCAAAUUGCAACAGUAUUCUUUUGUCAUCGACCCCGAAAGCGUCGCGGCCUCUUCAAUAACAAAGCAUUUUGGCGUGAACCUGAUAGUAACAAGUUUUCUUGACAGCGGUUUCGUCAAAAAGCUAAAAAACGCUCUCAGAUUCGGGUCUACCAUUUUGAUAGAAGAUGGAGACUACUUUGAUCCCAUCAUUUCCGCACUGAUAGCUCAAGAAUUUAAAACCAUUGGUGGCAGAAAGACGAUUAAAAUUGGCGAGGAGCUCGUUGACGUUUCUUCAGCCUUCAGGCUCCUCAUUUCUUCCAAGAAUGCAGCGUGUCCAAUAUCAGGAUUUGUGAAGACACGCAUGUCAGUCGUUAAUUUCGUUAUCGACAAAUUUUCGCUACAAGCACAGUCUGUAGAGCUUACGUUGAGACAUGAGAAAUCUGAGCUUUGCCGAGAAAGACUAGAACUACGUCAAUUAAACGGAAAUUACAAAUUGAAGCUCCGAUCAUUGGAAAAAGACCUUUUGAAUGCUUUGAGUGGUUCCAACAGUGACCUUCUUGGAAAUGACGUGUUGUUAUCGGUGCUAGAGCAAGUAAAAAACUCCGCUUCCGAAGUCCAAGCUAAGGUGGAGGAAACAAGAGGUGUUCUCGAUGCUAUAGAGAAAGCGGCCACCGAAUAUGAAAUCGUAGGCAGUCAUGCCAUGGGAAUUUAUGCUGUGAUGGAGAAACUGUCGUCUCUUCACUGGAGCUAUCAAAUCUCGAUCAAAUCAUUUUUGCGCUGCUCAGCUUCAAUAUUCGAUAAUAUGGAAGAACCUGUCAAACAAGGCAGACCACAGCAAUUACUCUCGACAUUAUAUCAGAAGAUCUUCCAAUUUUUCUCCCCGAGUAUGACAGACGAGCACAAAAUUGUUCUCGCUACGCUUUUGUUCGCUCGCUACCUUGAGUUGAAUUUUAAUUCCACGCUUCAUUGUGAAUUUAAAAACCUUUUGUCAUCUAUCAGUACGAACACGGAAUUUAGCGCUGAGACUCCCGAUGAGAUUUAUUUAUCCACACCGAAGUCAGACGUUGCACUGACUUAUGUUAAAAGUUUGAGAGAUAGCGUAAACAACAAUUGCGUAUUCUCGCAACUUUCUGGGACUUUGAGCAAUUUUGAGGGCACCUCUUCUAUGGGACUUGAACAGUAUAUUGAUGCUGACUUUGAUGUGCCUAUGUUAAUUCUAUUGGAAGAGGGUGCAGAUGUCACGUCCCGUAUAUCGCAGCUUGCGGCAUUGAGGUCACUCAAAUUACUUACGAUAUCGUUAGGUUCUUUGGAAAGCACUGCAAUGGCCGAUUCCGCUCUUACGGACUGUAUUCAAACAGGCCAGUGGCUGCUCUUACAAAACUUACAAAUGUCACCCGAUUGGGUGAAAUCGGUGCUGACGCGCAGUCUUGAUUCUCUGAUGAAUGAACCGUACAUUUCACCCAAUUUUCGGCUAUUCUUGACCUGUGACCUAGAGAGCACCAACAUACCUCCCCCUUUGUUGAAAAAAACCUGGCAUUUGGUGCAAGGCCGCAAAAGAGGAAUUUUAGCGACGGCUCAGGAUGUGUGGAGCACUUUGGCGCAUCACAGCUCCAUCAUCGAGAAAAAGUCGCCCGCACAACUGUUCUGCUAUGUUUUGUUGGCAUGGUUUCAUGCUCUUCUUGUCGAAUACAGCAGCCUGCAUCCUCUAGGCUUCACGAAAAACUACGAAUUCAAUGACGCCGAUUUUAGCUCUGCCGUUUUCUAUAUGGACAGGCUUUUCGAAGCCAUCGAGGAUCAUAAUACAAUACCUUGGAAAAACAUCUGCUUCAACAUAAGCACUAUCAUUUACGGCGGGAAGAUAGACAACGAUCGGGACUUGAAAUUGUGCAUUGGUGUUGGCUCCCGUCUGUUCACACCAGACGCACUCAAAACUAAUUUUGAAAUUGUACCUGGGCUAUUGGCGCCGCCUGAGAAAGAUGCUUACGAAUGGAGCGACUACAAACAAUGGUUACUGCAAUGUCCAGCUCCUGACAGCUGGUCUGACUGGCUUGGUCUUGGCAAUGAUCUCGAGAAAGAGCAACAGAACUUUCAAGCCCAGAAGAUUGCCGGUUCAAUCUUGACGGUUUUGGACAAUUGCUGA